AUGGCAGACACAAGUGUUAUUGACAGCGACCAACAGCAAUCGCUGAGAGUUGCUCAAACUCCUUCAUUCUGUAGACUCUGCAACAUCGAGUUACGAGGCUUACAAACAUGGAAAGCCCAUGUCAAAAGUGACGCACACGUUCAAAGGCUUCAAGAGAAAGUCCAUGGCGUUACAAUGUCACCAGCACCGACUCAUUCGUCUUCGCCUCCAACGCAAAUAAGAGACUAUUUUGAAGAUGAAUCUGAAAGUGACGCCGAGGAUCAAGACUUUGAAGCAGAAGACCAGGAAUUCAUUGCUACAGCGUUCGUACCUGGUCACUGCCUCUUCUGCGCGAAAGACUCUUCAACUUUGGAUGAUAGCACGAAACACAUGGCUGCAGCACACGGCUUCAACAUCCCCUUCAAAGAUUUUCUAGCCGUUGAUCUCGAAACACUAGUCUCAUACCUUCACUUCGUCAUCAAUACAUACAGAGAAUGUAUCUGCUGCGGCACCCGCCGGGGUACAAUUGAGGGCAUACACCAUCACAUGCUAGCCAAGGGCCAUUGUCGCUUCGAUAUUUCACCAGAAACAGAAGAAUUCUACGAGAUACCUCAAUAUGAAGAUGCCUUGGGGGAGAGGAAGCAAGGCAUCAGUGAUCCAGUGAGGUUGCCUUCUGGGAGAGUCAUCUCGCAUCGCAAACACGAAGAACCUCGCGUUCCUCGUCGAGAUGUACCAGAUCAGAAACACCUUGACUCCUCAACGCCUUCAGAGCCAGGUAUGGAGAUUGCGCAUCGACGAACAGUCAAUGGAAGUCGAGAGGUUGUUCAGGCCAACGAAGCUAUCCUUGCUGCACAGUUGUCAAGGCUCAAAGUUAGCAGCGACAGAGCAGCGCAAAGGGAGGAGAAGAGAUGGGGAGGAAGACUUGAGCGAGCGAAUAAUUUCUUUGCGCUGAAGAGAUUUAGGUUGGAUGCUGCGGAUAGUCGAAUGGGUCGGCAGUUCUAG